CACGAUUCUAAUAAACGCGCACCCUGCACGUGUCGACAAACCGACAGAGAGACGAGAAAAGAUGCCGACAGUGAGAAAACGAAGGUCGCGGAAGAACUCCAGAAUCAACAACACUCGCUACGGGCGAAGGCUGAAGAAGAGGAGCUGCAAAAGCGUCAAAAACCGGAUUCAACUGGAGUGUAUCAGAGAGCGGUGGGACUCGAAGAAGACGAUGAAGCAGAACCUCAUGGAACUGGGGCUCAGUAUCGACCCCAACAGAUCUCUGCCAGUCAGACAACCUAACAACUCAACCAACGAGGUUGAUGACAUGGCAGUGGAGAAUACUGAACUACAGAAAUCGACUCCAUCAGAACAGACUGACCUCAUUUCAGAACUGGAAGCUAUAGCUGCCAAUGCUCCUCCAAACAAACCAUUUGUGAUGUCACCCAGUGAGGCUAAAUUUAUUGCCUAUCUUAUCAUGAGACAUGGAACAAACUAUAAGAAGAUGGUGAAGGAUAAGAAGAACUACAACCAGUUGACUGAGGGACAGUUGAAAAAGAAAUGUUUGCAGUUCCAUAAGUCUCCCUAUGUCUAUUUGCUUGAUUCUGAGGAUUGAUCAGCAACGUGUAUAUAUUUUAUUAUGUUGGAGCCUAUGAAUAAGCAGCAUUGCUGUAUGUGAGCCAUGACCAGAAGCCAUGUGGCUCAGUUUGGGCGUUUCAAACGCCAAUGGCCU